AUGGCAACAUCAAGCACUGUACAGCUCAAAGUUGGCAAAUGGCUGGUCUAUCAUCGCGAAGGUAUCACCGCAGAAUCUGCCAAGCAAGCAUCAGAACUCCUCCAGGCCAACCAUGAGAGGCACCAUAUCUUCUUCAACUUGUCUGGCUUUCACAACCAUAUUGCUCACCACUUGCUCACCUUGUGGGCAUUGAAGGCAUCGCCAAUCGACUUGCAGAGGGCGUUCGAUCUCAACCAGUCAUACCAGCGGCCGGCAUUCACUCCUCAAAGCAACAAGAUUGCAGAGCUUGAAGAUGUUGGCAAGUUCAUGAGACAUCUUGGUCCAGAGACACACUUCCCCGAUUUUCUCAUCUUCUUCAAGCAGGAGAUCGAGAAGUCAAGCUGGCAGGAUGUCUUGCAGAAGUAUGUGUUUGCCGGAGAUGAACGAGCUGAUGAUAUGUUCGUUCGCAUGUAUGCCAGCCUCCUUCAUCCAAUAAUUCAUCUAGGCUUCGGGGUUGAAUUCCACCAACCAGUCAUCAUAGCAGAAGCUCUCGCUCAAGCAGCCUGCCAUCAAAACAAGAUAGCGGCUCUCUUCCUGCCGGCAGAGAAGGCUGCCAAAGAGAAUUCUGCGCCAGGCAAAUCCAUUGUUCAACUCUUAGACGAGAUCCAUGCAGACGAGAAGAUGAGACAAGCACCUCGCCAGGCUGACACCUCAAAAUUGCUCAACGGCAUUCUAGCACGUGCAGGCGAUCGAAUGAUCCAUUACGCCUCGCAAGUUUCCGUUGAAGCACACGAUUUGGAACGGAAGACCGCGGAGAUGAUCAAUGCAUGUGCAUUGUUCACAGGCGGAGCACAGAAGAGUGACAAACAUGUCAAAUUCGACUUCUUCUUCAUCCACAAUCUCAAUUCUUCCAUCUUCUUCUCCGCCUUCUUGCGGGAAGACUGGCUGAGUGAGGCUUCCAAAGUACGACUUCUGGAAUGGAAGAUUCGCAUGGAUGUGGCUCAGUAUGCUUCGGCGAGAUCGCCUGAUAUUCGUCUUGUGGAUAUCCGAGAGUACAGGCCGAAAUCGCCGUCUGGAUGGGAUCAGGUGAUGGAUCGAGUUUGUAGGUUUGGUGAUGAUGGACACGCUGCGAAGUUGAUUAGAGCUUUGGCUCACGGGGAGAGAGUAUGCAAGAAAUUCGAGGAUGAUGAUGCUUUCAGGCUGAAAGGUGGUGAUUGGCUUCAACUAGCGCAUAUGGCGAUUGAUUCCGUGGAAUUGCCAGGCGAUACGUGGGUGAGAAUGGCGGGUUUUGAUCAGGCUUGGGGGAAUGUGCCUUUGAGAGCACAGCUGUGA